AUGAAUCGUCUUACCGCAGCAGUUCUUUUCGUUCUUGUUGGACUUUCAGUCGCUCAACUUGAAUGCAAGAUCAAAGUCAGAGUUCGUAACGAUGGACAUUCACAAGUAGGUUAUCUUAAUUCUAGAUAAACAAAAACCACAUUCAAAUAAUUUUCCAGGUCCGUGUUGAUUUGAUUGUCCCAUCAUUGAACUUGAUGAGCGACCCAGUUAUCUUGACCGAAUGGAAGCAAGAAAAAUCAGUUGAGAUCAAGGGAAAGAACUGUGAAGCUAAACCAUGGACAUUCCAUAUUUACACAUGGGAAAAUGAAGAGUGGAAAUUGAAGAAGAAGGUUUCAUCGAAAUUCACUGGAAAUGGAUGGUUCUUGACAACUGUUGAUGUUGAUGACAAGGUAAACUUCAACAUUUUGGAUCGUCACGGAAUCAUGUGCUCCGAAGGAUUCUGUGGAAAGUAA